AUGAUUCCCUCAGUAGUUGAACCCUUAACGAAAUUGAUACCUGAAUCAUUUGAGUCAUCUAUAUUUCCUGCACAUUGGAAGAAUAGCAUUGUUAAUCCACUACAUAAACGUGGAGAUAAACUAGAUCCAUCUAAUUAUCGUCCAAUAACAUUGCUACAAGCCUUUACUAAAAUUCCUGAACGUUUGGAUAGUACAACUAAUUUACUGCUUGAAGUUGUGCAUAAAAUUAAUGGUGGUUUAAAAGAAAACAAGUUUGUUCGAGCUGGGCCACUAUAUUUUCAGAAGGCCUUUGACAAUGUUAAUUAUGAAUGUUUGCUUUUUAAAUUAUAUCAAAAAGGAAUAAAAGGCAAAGCACUAAAGUGGAUUGAAGAUUAUCUUUUGAAUCGAAGUAUACAAACUGUUCUUGAUGGGCAUAAUUCUAGUAAGAGAUAUGUAACUAAAGGUGUCCCACAAGGGUCAGUUUUGGGACCGUUGCUAUUUCUUGUUUAUAUUGAUGAUCUACCCAUUGGAAUUGAUAGUUCGAUUAAACUAUUUGCUGAUGACAUGAUACUUUUUAACCAUCAUUCCAAUUCUGUAAUAUACAGUAACAAUUUAAAUAAAGAUUUAGUUACAAUUCAGGGCUGGUCAGAAAAGUGGUUCAUUUUGAAUCCAAAAAAAUGUGAAUCUAUAACUUUUUCUACACGAUAUCAUCGUAAAACUGUUCUAACACCACCACCUCUUUUGCUGUAUGGUUUACCCAUACAAGAACGUGACGAGGUUAAAUAUUUGGGCUUGAUACUUUCGUAUGAUCUUUCAUGGAAUUCUAAUGUUACCAGGAUUGUUUCUAAAGCUUCUUCGAUUGUUAGUCUCAUGAAAUUUCAUCAACGUUUACUAGUUAGGAAUAUCUUUGAUAUUAUAUUUAAAUCAUGCGUUUUAUCCGCCUUAAAUUAUGCUGCUAUAAUUUAUUCCUUGACGACUGAUGCAAACUUGAAUAAAUUGGAAUCGAUACAAUAUGAUGCUUCGCGGGUGGCAUUGGGAGCAAUGCGAGGAAGCUUGAAAGAAAAGUGUUUCGAAUUGCUUGGCUGGAUACCUCUUCGUUCAAAGUAUCAGCCCAUAGAAAUUGAACGGCCAGUAACACAAUUACCGCUCAUUAUGUUAUCACAUAUUGAUAAUCAUAUGCGCAUUAUGGAUAAACAUAAAGAACCAUUUGACAGUCAUAUAAAGAAUAUUGAUAAACAUCAUCAAACAUUAAAACUGGCCUAUUCAAUAAUGGAUUUGUUCAUCAUCGUAUUACUACUGGUAUUACUUAUUGUUCUAUCUUGUUCAUGUAAAAAAAAUAUACAUUGUAAAGAUUUAAGUCAUGCUCAACGCUUCUUAGAUCUAACAAGAUUUAAUAUACAACAACAAGCACCAGCACAACGUUCAAGUACUACACAAGAUAUAGCAACAAUUGAUAAUCAUGCAUUAACAAGAGAUUUGUCAAAUGCUUUCGCGUCGAUUUUAGCUGAACAGCGUGAAAGAUAA